CGCUAGUUCCCGACAUGCUUCACGCACGCUGAGAUCGGCCAUUGAAUCUAGCGCAAUGCACAGAUUUUAGCCGCCGUGCGCCUUUUUUCUCCGCUUGGUCCUCGCAAAGUUCUUCCAGUAUGGACUCGGCACCCAGUACAGAAACCGUCGUCCAGGCCAUCCAAACCCUGUACCACAACCCCGAUCCGGCCUGCAAAGAGAGAGCGUCGGCCUGGCUAGGGGAGCUGCAGCGAUCGGUGUUUGCAUGGGAAGUAGCAGACCAGCUGCUAAGGAAUGGCCAGGACCUGGAGACCAGUUAUUUUGCUGCACAGACCAUGAGGACAAAGAUCCAGUAUGCUUUCCACGAGCUCCCACAAUCAGCGCACCAGUCUCUGAAGGAGUCCCUGUUGAACCACGCCCAGAACCUGGUGUCAAAUGCCUCUCCUGUCAUCAUCACACAGCUGGCUCUUGCCUUGGCAGACCUGGCGUUACAGGUGGCAGGCUGGAAGUGUCCUGCUAAGGAACUGAUAGAAAAGUUUGGUAACACAGUGGGAAACCUGCCCUUCCUGCUGGAGGUUCUGACUGUGCUGCCCGAGGAAGUGAGUUUCAUCCUGAUGCAUGUGAAUAGUAGAUCUCUGAGACUGGGAGCCAACAGAAGAGGGGAGGUCAUAGAGGAACUUGCUGAGUCAUGUGACCUGGUUAUACAACUUCUGAUUGCUUGUACACAAAGCUGUGCAGCAGAUUCCAGAGUACAGGCUAAGGUAUAUCGGUGCCUCGGUAGUUGGUUCAACCUCGGCGUAAUCCAGGGAGAGGCGGUUGCAACCAGCCAACUACUCAACGCACCUUUUCAGGCCAUGCAUAACCCUGAGACUGUAUCUUCUGUCCACGAGGCCGCCUGUGACUGCAUCUGUUCUGCUCUGUAUGUGGCAGAGGACAUCACCAGAUACGAGUCCUUGGCGAACUGCCUGUUCCAGGGAGUCAUCUCGCUGUCAGAACCCUACCACGUGUCAGUAGCACAGGAGGACAUAGACAAGUCCUUGAACUACUGUCGAGUGUUCACAGAACUUGCUGAGUCAUUCUUAGAGUUAAUGAUGGCAGCUCCGGGGCAGGGCUUGGGGGAUCUGAGGAUACUGGAUCUGCUCCUGGCAUGUGUGGGCCACUGUCAGUAUGAGGUUGCUGAGAUCACCUUUAACUUCUGGUACCGGCUGUCGGAGGUUCUGUACAAGCGUGACAGCACCAACCUCAACACCAUCUUCAAACCGUACUUCCAGCGCCUCAUCAACUCCCUGUCUGUCCACUGUCAGAUGGACGAGGACCAUGAGGGUGUCCCAGAUGAGACAGACGACUUUGCUGACUUCCGGAUCCGAGUUUCUGAACUCAUCAAGGACGUGGUGUUCAUCGUGGGGUCCAUUAAUGUUUUUACUCAGUUGUUCAGAAACCUAGCAGAGACCCCCAACACCACGUGGGACGUGACAGAGGCACACAUGUACGUCAUGUCAGCUGUUGCCAAGAACCUCAUGCCUUUUUGUGUUCCUUCCCCCAGUGAUGAGAGCGAGGUGGUGCCCCAGGUGCUGCAGGCCGUGCUAAACCUGCCCCAGGACGCCCACAUCGCUGUACGCUACACGGGCACGCAGCUGGUCGGGGAACUCUGCGAGUGGAUAGACAGACAUCCCGACACUUUAGAUUCCGUGCUGAACUUCCUGCUGGCAGGUCUUCAGCACCCGAAGCUGGGCUCGGUGUCUGCCACAUCCCUACAGAAUAUCUGUGCGGCGUGUCGGGAACAGAUGGCCAGACACUUCAAGGGACUGCUGCAGAUUGUCGAGGCUCUGGACAACCUGCACAUCUCCAAUGAGGCUGCAGUAGGACUGCUGAAAGGUAUAUCCUUGAUUUUGACAAAGAUGCCCCAUGACCAGCUAGCUGUUGGACUACGAGCACUGUGCCAAAUACAGGCAGACAGAUUGUCACAGCUGAUUGUCCAGAAUGAGUCAGUAAAGGAAGGCACAAGAACAGAUCCCACCAUUUUCUUGGACAGACUAGCUUCCAUAUUCAGUCUGUUCCAAUACAGGCAUACGGCCCCCGAAGUGCAAAAUGGGCAGAUCCAUCCCUGUCAGCAAGUUGUGCAAGAGGUGUGGCCGGUCCUGUCGGAUACGUGUAACAAGUACCAGGCUGACAUCCGGAUAGUGGAGCGUUGCUGCAGGUGUAUCAGGUUUGCUGUGCGCUGUGUGGGGAAACAGUCAGCUGGGCUGCUACAGCCGCUGGUCACACAGAUGGUGAAUGUGUACCAGACGCACCAGCACUCCUGUUUCCUGUACCUGGGGAGUAUACUGGUGGAUGAGUACGGCAUGGAGGAGGGGUGCAGAACUGGACUUCUAGACAUGCUUAAGGCUUUUUGUGGUCCGACUUUCCAGCUGCUGAAGACAGGAGGGCUGCGAAACCAUCCCGAUACUAUCGACGAUCUCUUUAGGUUAUGUGCCAGAUUUGUGCAGCGCUGCCCCCUAGUGAUUCUCCAUAGUGAAAUGAUUGAUGCAAUCCUGGAAUGCGCGAUGGCCGCGUCGACACUGGACCAUAGAGAUGCCAAUGCCUCGGUCAUGAAGUUCCUAAGAGACUUGGUGCACACCGCUAUAGCCAAUGAUUGCGACGAUGAUUACCAGGUGCGGAGAGACAUGGUGGAGAAACUGAUGGUUGUGCGCGGUCCGCAGUUGGUUCAGAGCCUCAUGUCCGCCACCGUGUUCUACCUACCGUCCUACAUGCUUCCUGACGUGGCCGACGUGGUCUUUGAACUCAUGCGUUACAACAGGGCUAGUUUCUGUGUGUGGCUGGAGCACGCUCUGAAGGGCCUUCCCACGGAGACCACCGGCGGUGCCAUCAACGCCACUCACAAGCAACUCACAGAUUUCCACAAACAAAUCACAAGUGCUGAAGAGGUGAAGACAGUGUCGUCAGCACUGCGGGACUUCUCACGGCUCUACAGAUGACAUUGAACGCGUCACAAACGUCCGGAGGCGCAGGUCUGCGAACAAAGUCACAAGCUGCAAAACAAAUUACAUAUUAAGGCAUAUCACUUUCCAAACUUUUUUUCAAUCCUCCCUUUUUGCAUAAUUUUUUUGUCCUGAGAUGCCUGUGUUUUCUGAAGCCACGGGCGAGACCAUUACGUAUAGGGGGGGUGUUACAUCAAGUAACCUGAUCUCAUGAAAAUGGGUCCCCAAGAUUUGCUCUAUAAAAUGCUUAGAGCUGUAAAAUACUUGCAUGGGAUCAGGAUUUGUCCUGUUUUAACUUUGGUCUUGAUUGAAAUCUCCACUGUUCUAUUUUGAAGAUAACUUGGCUAAUGAAAGGUAGGUACAAUGUAAUACGAGUGAUAAGAAAGUUGCCCCGAACAACACAGCCAUUCGUAAAAUGCCUUAAAAGUUUUACCUAAAAGCUUGACUUUCAAGAGUUUUACCUACAACAACAUGUACACAAUGUUUUUACCACUGCACAAAGAAAACAGCCAUAAUCAUAUUUCUCUUGAGUUGUGAAUUGAAACUUUGUAUAAAAAAGAAGUUGCAAAUUAUUUUGAGAAGCGCAUCUGGCUGGAUGCUGACUUCUUCGGUUAAUUGAUCGUUAGCUUGUAAGUUACCUCUGUCAGCACAACACUAAUGACAGCAUUAGCAGCAAACAAUUGACUUGUUUUGUACUGAAAGUGUCUAUUGUAUACUGAUGUGUUAAAAGUUGUACGGUGACCAUUUUCAUAUUUUGUACAUCACAUAAUUUUUCAGCUAGAUUAGUGUACGUAAGUUGACUGAGAAAACCAUGACUGUGCUGAUUAUGACCUGGAAUGCUCUGAUUUUAGUCAAGUCAACUUAGAUUCAAGGCAAAUAACUGAAGCUAGCAGUAAACUUUUAAGUCACCAGCAACAAAAUGUGUUGCACAGAAGACACAAAGUUUUGAAAUAAGACAAUAGCAAGUCUAUCUUAUAGAGAAAUUUAACUUGAUAAUGUAUUUGAUCUGAGUCGGCUCCUUUUGACGAGCAAUUGCCAAAAUGAUGUGAUUUUGCUAUGCAAAAUGUCAUUGACAAGUGUUGCUUUUGAGGAUAGUUGGAAACUGAAGCAGCAAAGGAUUGUUUGGGACCAUUUUUAUGGGAAAUAUGAGACAGAAUUGUGGAGUCGGUGAUUUUUCAGUUGCAAAAAGUUGCUUCAGAAUGGAUGAAAAUAGUACAUAGAUGACGAUGACAUUUUACGGUUUCAAAAGAAAGUGGAGGAAUUGAAAACAGUGGUCCACACUGUUUUCGUUUACUAAGUAUAACUUUUGUUUUAUUGGGCUGACAUUGAAGAGGUAGGAAAAUGUAAAAACAUGUCCUUUGUUCUUAACCUGGCACCAAGGCUUCCUUGUAUGAAUAUUUUAUUGUGCCAACUUGACAAGCACAAAACCUGUUGCAAUCUUAAUUGUUCAAAAUUUAUGUAAAUGUGAGUUUUCGUCUAUGUUUCAAUUGUGCAAUAGCACAAAACUUUGUGUUUUUUAGUCUUGUGUAGCCGUAUUCCUGUAGAAUCUCUCUGUAUCACUGUAUAGACUUUGUGUAUAAUCCAAGCUCUUCCUUUGUCAUUGUCUCUUAGCUAUUUUGAUAGUAAUUGUGUUCUUUAAGAGUCGUUUUCGAGGAAAAUGUGAGGAAGGGAAAACUUUGCAAUACCAUCUUUGCCACCCCUCCUGUAUUUUGGUCUUAUCCUAUAAUAUGUUGUUCAUUGUUUGCAACCCUAAGUUUGGACUGGCCUAUCAUGCCAUAAAGGGGGUUUCCUUGGGGGAGAUUGGAAGUAAAAAACAAUGUCAGGUAACUUUGAACUUGAAGAGAUGUCAGUGGUUAACAUGCAUUGUCUGUAUCCACAAUGAAGGCACUGACUGUUACCAUGGUUUUAGAUGCGAAAAAUUAGAUGGUCAUAGGGAGCAACCAUAGCCUGGGUACCAUUCGGAAAGAAGUUCGCUCUGAUUUUCAUUAUACACUAUAUACAGUUGCUUCUAGCUCAGACAUUCAUUAUACAAAUGUACACUAUAUAUAAUAUAUAUUGCUUUUUUGCUGUUCCGCCUGUAAUCCUUUACCAUGUUAACUUCUGUAAUCGUCCAAAUUUUGGAUGAGGGCUAUGAUUGGUCCCUAUACAUUUGCGAAUUAAGGAAUGGGUGCAAACUGUUUAAACAGGCAUUCCAACACCCGAAAAAAGCCCUCCUACCCGUCUGCUUGUGGGAGGGCCUAUUGUCAUCAAAUGAGCACUCUAGAACCCAUGUCUUAAUUCGCUCAUUAACUGACGUUACCACCAAACGGUUUGAAUGUGCAGGUCCUUAGACGGGUAGCAGAAGCGAACUACUACCCGGAUGGUACCCAGGCAAGAGCAACCAUACAUUUGUAGCUAUACAUGUAAGUCAAUGUUAUGCCAGUAUUUCUUUUAAUGUAUGUCUACGGCUUGGUGACUAUGGCUACUGUUGAUCUCUUCUCAUUUUUGGCAAACCCCAGGUAUUUGAGUUAGCAUGGUCUGGUAAUGUGAUUUUUUUGUUGUUGUCAUCAUCCAAUUUUAGCUUUUUUAUUUCUGAGAACAAACAGGUUGGUUUUGAGCCCAGCUGUACUGUACUGUUGUAAAACGAGAGGCAAUUGAUGGUUUUCAUGAGAACAGGUGACUAGAAUCCAAAAUGUCAUGUAAAACAUGAACUUGGGAGGGUAAAGUUACUAAAACUAGUUUGCAUGAAAUCAGAGACAAAAUUCAAUCCCACAGACUUUGUAUUCCGCUCAAUUCUUUUCGAGUGUAUCCAGAAAAUGCUUCUUAACAUUGUACUUGGUUAGAUAACUUUGGUUUCCUUGUUAAGACCAGAUUCAUGUAAGCACGAACUGGUGACCAUACCCUUAUCAGAACUAUUUUACCAACUUUCACAGACAACAUUGUGAGUUACAAAUAUUUGAUAUGCAAACAUACUUUUAAACAGUGUUUUGUAUGAUGUCAAGGAUUUUUAUUGCCUGUAAGUUCUCGUGAAAGAAUCAAGCUAGUGAAUACAUUUGUAAGUCAAUGUAAGUCAUCCUUUUUCUAAACAUCAUUUAAGUUAACAGUGCUAGGACUUAGAAAUCGUCGUUUCUUUGAGUUGACCAAUCGAAGACAAAGAUAGCAUACUGGGUUCUUAGUCACAGCCAGGCGAUUUUAUCUGAUGUCGUUACAGAGGUGUUUGGACUGUCUUCUUUAUUAUGUUUUAAUGAAGGAAGAGAAAGUCUUGGUUAUGUAGCUAAGAACCUGUAUAUACUGAUUUAUUAGCCUAAGAAACAUUUUAUAUAGUGGGUUCUUGGAUUUUUUUAUCUACCGGUUUUUCGAGACACAUUCAUUGGCUUUCUUAAGCUCAUAUGAAGGUAGCCGAAAGCAUUGGUUAUACAGCUAGGAACGAUUUGUGUACCGAAUGGAAAGAUAUUUACACUUAUAUACCAUUGUUCUUAGCUUCCCAAUCAAUGGAUUUCAUCGAUAUCUGUCGGCUUUCGAUAAUCUUUCGUCUUCUUUCUUUAAAGCUUUGAUGAAGACAGUCGGAAUGCUGGGUUUUGUAGCUAAGAGUUCAUUAAACAUGUACAUACAUUGAUUUAACAACCUAACGAAGAGGCGUUUUGUUUGAGAAAAGGAUGACUUCUGGUACAUCAAGGUAGACUGAUAACUGCACGAAAUCUAAUCUUGAAGCUUGUCUUCAAGCAUUUUUUCAUAAAAGUAUGCAUUACGGAUACUUUACACGUGCUUUAAGACUAGAUGUCGUGUAGUGGUGCCGAAAUGUUUUGUACAACUCAACUGUAAAGCUGGCUCAGAUUAAACAACAGCUUUUACAUUUCA